AAAGAAAAAGAUUUUAGGAUUUAUCUUCAAAAUAAAUAUAGUUAUUUAUGCAAACGGAAGCGCGAUUGACCGCGUAACAAGAUUCCCCUUCACAUGUUCAUAUCUCCCUCACAAAAACCCGAAAAUUUUCGGAAAUUCUCUCAUAUUAUCGAAUUCAUUGCGUAAACUGAUCGAUCGUGUCAGCGCGAUUUCGAGCUAUGGAGUUAAUGACUCAUUCGUCUUCCUUCCUCCUUCCCAAUCCGCAGGCCGCCGCAGAUGGCGGUGCGGCGCUCACGUACGUGCUCGUCGUCCUCAACCGGGACCUGCCGCGAUUCACUCCGCUUCUGUGGAAGAACGCACAAAUUCGUAUCUGCGCCGACGGUGGUGCGAACAGAUUGUAUGAUGAAUUGCCGCUGUUGUUCCCUGAUGAAGCCACUUCAGCUGUUCGUGAAAGGUAUAAGCCAGACUUAAUAAAGGGAGACAUGGAUUCCGUUAGGCUAGAAGUUUCACAAUUCUACAGAAAGUUGGGAACUGAUGUAGUUGAUGCUUCAGAUGACCAGGACACCACAGAUUUGCAUAAAUGUGUUGCAUAUAUUCAAGAUUUACCUAAUCUGAAGAAUCAAAAUACUUGCAUCCUUGUUGCUGGAGCACUAGGUGGAAGAUUUGAUCACGAGGUUGGCAACAUCAACGUCCUCUGCCGUUUCUCGAGCACACGGAUAGUUCUUCUAUCGGAUGAUUGCCUCAUCCAACUUCUUCCAAGUAGUUAUCAUCAUGAGAUCCAUAUUCAUCCCUCCAUCGAGGGACCACAUUGUGGCCUCGUACCCAUCAGUGGGCCGUCAAAAAGUAGCACCACCACAGGGCUUCAGUGGAAUCUAUCUGAUACAGAAAUGAGAUUUGGUGGCCUUAUCAGCACAUCAAACUUGGUCAAGGAUGAAAUAGUGACCGUUCGAUCCGAUGCUGAUCUCCUUUGGACUAUAUCCCUCAAAAAGAUCGAUCGACUGGUGCGUGCUAUUUAAUCUCACAAAACGACCGUCUCUAUUGUGAAUUGUAUUAUAAUUCAUCCAUUUUUCUUCAUGAUUAAUUAUCCAGUUUUUUUUCUUUGUAAAGUAACCUCAGUUAUUAUGAAGGCUAAGUUGGAUGCUUUCUGAUAAUCUCUACCAGUUUUGCAAGAUAUUCACGAUUUUGUUGUUUGUUUUUUAAUAAUUCUUUUGGUUUCUUUCCAUUCAGAAAUAAAUUUGCUCAAUUGAUGAGAAAUCGGCCGACGGAAGCUAUUCACGAGGAUUUUGUAAUUCGUAAAAAUUGGCUGAAGAUGACCAGUAGUUGCAGAAAAGCUCUAACAAUUUCCUAUAAAAUUUUCUUAAAAGUGGAAUUUAUCGUUUGAAGCAAGAAAUUAGUGUCUUGGUGUAUUUACAUUUAGGAUGCCAGAUGUAUAAUGUAUCAUUACAGUCAAUCCGUCUGAUUUUUCUACUUUCUAUAAGGCUUAAGUUUUGUUUUGAGAAUUAUUACUUUCUCAAAAUAAGACAGAUAUAUCA